UCUGCUCCAAGGCCACGAUUGGCCUGCUUCGCUCUGCGGAGUGGCUGCCUUGUUAUCAGGGAAAUGAGCUGCGCCGGGGCGGCGGCGGCGGCUCCUUCCCUGUGUUGGCUGCGUACGGGGGUCCGGCGGCCCCUGUCAGGUUAUGGAAGAAGAAUCAGUGUCAGAUUUUACAGUUCAGGAAUGACCUUAGAAAAUGUCAAUCGGGCAACUGUGGAUCGAAUAAUCCGGGUGGAUCAUGCAGGCGAAUACGGAGCAAACCGCAUCUAUGCCGGGCAGAUGGUCGUCCUGGGCCGGACAAGCGUCGGGCCACUCAUUCAGAAAAUGUGGGAUCAAGAAAAGGCUCAUUUGAAAAAAUUCAAUGAGUUGAUGGUUGGAUUCCGGGUUCGGCCGACAAUUUUGAUGCCCUUUUGGAACGUGGUGGGGUUUGCACUGGGGGCGGGAACUGCCUUGCUUGGGAAGGAAGGCGCGAUGGCCUGCACUGUGGCAGUGGAAGAGUCCAUAGCACACCACUACAACAAUCAGAUCAGGACCCUGAUGGAAGAGGACCCUGACAAGUAUGAGGAACUUCUUCAGGUGAUAAAGAAAUUUCGAGAUGAAGAACUUGAGCACCAUGACAUAGGCCUUGACCAUGACGCAGAAUUGGCUCCAGCUUAUGCCAUUUUGAAGAGAGUUAUCCAAGCCGGAUGCAGCACAGCAAUAUUUUUAUCAGAAAGAUUUUAAAGCAUGUCCACUUAUCCCUGUGUAUACAAGAUGAUAGUAAUUUAACAAGUGAUAUUUGCAGAGAAGGAGUGUGCAAUUAUCAUGUGAAUUUUGUUAAUAAACUACAAGAGUUUCGUUGGUGUUGUUAAUAAAACUCUCCAGUGUUGA